AUGGAUACGGCAUCGCAGCUCGUCUACCGUGGAAUCGAUCCCUUCCUCCGUUCCUCUCAUUCCCACCGUCACAAAAACCUCUCUCUCCGUCGCCGUUCAAACCGUAUCUCCGCUGUCGCCACCGAUCCUAAACCUGCUCCGGUCACUACGGUCAAUGGUUCGUCUUCAAAGUCUCCACCUACCAAACCUGUCAACGGUGUCUCCCAGAGAAUUGGUGAUGUUUCCAAGGAGAUUAAAAGAGUAAGGGCGCAAAUGGAAGAAGAUGAACAAUUGGCGACUCUUAUGAGAGGUCUUCGAGGUCAGAAUCUUUCAGAUUCCCUCUUUGCUGAAGAUGAUGUUCAGCUACGUCUUGUUGAGGUAGAUGAAAGUAGUGAGUUUUUACCAUUGGUGUAUGAACCAGCUAGCAUUACUGCAUAUUGGGGAAAACGUCCUCGCUCCGUUGCAACUCGCAUUGUACAGUUACUAUCUGUUGCUGGAGGUUUUCUUUCACGUGUUGCCUGGGAUGUGAUUAACAAGAAGGUUAAAGAGAAUGAAGUUGCUAGGGCAAUUGAAAUACGUGAAAUUGUGACAUCUUUGGGUCCAGCAUACAUCAAACUUGGGCAAGCAUUGAGCAUUCGACCUGAUAUACUGUCACCUGCAGCAAUGACGGAGCUGCAGAAGCUCUGUGAUAAAGUUCCUUCAUUUGCAGAUGAUGUGGCUAUGGCUCUAAUUGAAGAGGAGCUUGGUCAGCCAUGGCAAAAUUUCUAUUCUGAACUAUCACCCUCUCCCAUUGCCGCCGCAUCUCUCGGACAAGUAUAUAAGGGCCGCCUCAAGGAAAAUGGGGAUUUGGUUGCUGUUAAAGUCCAAAGACCUUUUGUUCUAGAGACUGUUACCAUUGAUUUAUUCAUUAUCAGGAACCUUGGUUUAGCUCUUCGAAAGUUUCCUCAGAUCUCCAUUGAUGUGGUUGGGUUGGUUGACGAAUGGGCUGCUCGAUUUUUUGAAGAGUUAGACUAUGUGAAUGAAGGUGAAAAUGGAAACCGUUUCGCCGAAAUGAUGAAGAAAGACCUGCCACAGGUUGUAAUUCCAAGGACUUACAGCAAGUAUACAUCAAGGAGGGUUCUUACGACAGAAUGGAUUGAUGGAGAGAAGCUUUCACAGAGCAAAGAAAGCAACGUCGGAGAAUUGGUCAAUGUUGGAGUCAUCUGCUACCUAAAACAGCUGCUUGAUACUGGAUUUUUUCAUGCUGAUCCACACCCAGGGAAUAUGAUCCGUACUCCUGAUGGAAAACUUGCGAUACUUGACUUUGGGCUUGUUACGAAAUUGACUGACGAUCAAAAGUAUGGAAUGAUUGAAGCAAUUGCUCAUCUCAUCCAUCGAGAUUAUACAGCCAUAGUGAAAGACUUUGUUAAACUCGGUUUCAUUCCAGAUGGAGUCAAUUUAGAGCCUAUCUUGCCGGUGCUUGCCAAAGUAUUUGACCAGGCUUUAGAAGGUGGAGGGGCAAAAAACAUAAAUUUUCAAGAUCUGGCAUCAGAUUUAGCUCAAAUUACCUUUGAUUAUCCGUUUAGGAUACCCCCAUACUUUGCUCUUAUAAUCAGAGCUAUCGGGGUUCUUGAAGGGAUAGCUUUAGUUGGAAAUCCUGAUUUUGCCAUUGUUGACGAAGCCUAUCCAUAUAUUGCACAGAGGCUUCUGACGGAUGAAUCCCCUCGGCUAAGGAGUGCUCUACGUUACACUAUAUAUGGGAAAUCUGGAGUUUUUGAUGCUGAAAGAUUUAUCGAUGUCAUGCAAGCCUUUGAGAAUUUUAUUACAGCUGCCAAAAGUGGAGGUGGAGAGGAUCUGAAAGGGGAUAUGGCUGAGCUUGGGAUUGUUAAUAACAGGUCAGAAUAUCUCUUGUCGGGAUUCCAGUCUGUGAUACCUCAACAGCAGCCUGUGGAAACAAGGGCAGCCCUAGCAUUUUUGCUGUCUGAUAAGGGGAAUUUUUUCCGAGAAUUUCUUUUGGACGAGAUUGUUAAGGGCAUUGAUGCAGUAACUAGGGAACAACUGGUAAAAAUAAUGUCCUUACUAGGAGUUCAGAAUGCAAUCCCUAUUUUUAAUAUGGUACCUACUAUUGGACGCUUUAAGCCCGCAGCUCUUAUACCCACCAUAACCGAAGAGGAUAAGAUUAUACUAAACAAUGUCCAGAAAGUCCUGGAGUUCUUGACUGCAGGAAGUUCUCUGUCAAGCAUAUCUAGUCAAAGCACAUCUAGUCAGGCACUCAAUGUUCCUCAGAUUAUCCAAGAACUUCUGCCAGUGUUGCCGGGUAUUUCUACUAAAGUGCUUCCUGAUGUUUUUAGCAGAUUAUCUUCUCGGGUAUUCGCGCGAUUAAUCCGUGAUGCAUUUUUGUAA